AUGAUGGAUCUGAAGAUCCUUGUAGUCUUCAUGCUGGAGCUAAGACAGGGAAAGGUUCGGGGGGACGGCUUGUGGUGGGGUUUCCGGCGCGUGGGUACCCGCGACCUGCGCGUGCUGCUGAUCGCCAUGGCCACUGCCAUCCUCCUCAUCGCCUCGUUCUCGCGACCGCACGCCAGUUGGGACGAGCGCGACCUGCAGGAGGAGGCGGGGGGCCUGCCGACGGACAUAGACCAGGACGCGGUCGUCGCCAUGGACGAGUGGGACGCCAUCGACCGCCUCCCCUGGCACCGCCUCCCGCCGCCGCCGCCCUCGCUCUCGCUGCAUGGCACCGUGCCCGGGAAUAACGUCUCUCAGGGGGGGGAUGGGGCAGGCGUGGGGGAGGAAGGCGGGGACGGGGCGGACGGGGAGGAGGAGGGAGUGGGGGGGAAGGGGAAGAAGAAGAAGAAGAAGAAGAAGCCGAAGCGGCCGCCGCCGCCUGUGAGGAGGAUAGUGGAGGUGGCAGAGGCGGACGCGUGUGCUGUGCCGCGGCCUGUGGUGCCGUGCCGCCUGCCCAAGGGGCAGCGCGUGGAGCUGGUGUUCGUGUCCGCCAUGUGGGAGCGCGAGGCACAGACCAAGGACGAGACAGAGACGAUGCUAAAGUCACUGCUGUACGGCACGCGCUGCCCGCUGCACAUCCACUUCAUCAUCGCGGGCGAGCCCGAGCAAUCCGCGCUGCGCUCCCUCAUGGUCACCCUGCGCGCCACCGAGCUCAUCCCCAACCCCUCGCCCUACAUCUACCCCACGCGCAAGGGCGCCAGAAUCGGCCACCCCACAGCCAAAGACCUGGCAGCGCGCGGGUACAGCAACGGGGUGGCGAGCAGGCAGCGAGCGGCGGUGCUGUUCAGCAUGCACUACCUGCCCACGGAGUAUGUGGUGGAAAGAGCCAAGGCGCUGCACCUGUGGCCGCUCGCCCACCAUGCGGGCGUGCCCGGCAUGAGCAAGUUCUUCAUGGCUGAGAUCCUCUGGCAGGUGCAGCGAGCCAUCUACCUGGACGUGGACAUGAUAGUGGGGGGCGACAUCCAGGACCUGUGGGACUUCUUCCUGUCCAUGGCGCACGACCCCGACCUGCUCUACUUCAUCAGCAACAACCACCCCGAGGGCGCCAACGCGCGCCGCCUGCUGCGCCCCUACUGCUCCUGCCAGAUGGUGCUGGACCUGCAGCGCAUGCGCAAGGCCAACCUCACCCAGCUGUUCGUGGACACACUGGGCCCGCACAAGCCCAAGGAGCUAGCGGACUACGUGGAGGACGGGGACCAGUUCCUCUUCAUGUGGACGUGCAAGCAGAUGCCCACGCGCUGCCGCGUGCUGCCGCGCCUCUGGAACGUCUCUGGCUGCACCAAGCCGCUCCCCUUCCUGGGGUUGACGUCGAGAGGAAGGGAGGCGAAUGGGAGCUGUUGGCGCAUUGUGCAUUUUAACUGCAUGGGGCACAUGCGAGGAGGGCAGGGGAGCUAUGUUGUGCCUCCGGAGUGGGAGGAGGCGGCUUCGUGGACCCGGAGUUUGAGAUUGGAGAAACUGAGACGGCCGCCAGUAGCGUGA